GGAGCACAAGGGAAGGGACGCAGUCAGAAGUCAGCGCUCGGUCUUGCUCACGCUGCUCCUCCCUGGGUCUCUUCCGGCAAUGCUUAAGAUUGUCCUCCUCCCGGUCGGCGCCUUCGCCGCCGGAGCCGAUUGGGCACGCAUCGGUCCUUGGAACAUCUUUGAUGACCAAAACGGCAAGGGCGAGGCGGGCACGCUCGCGUGCGCGGCAUCGCCGGCUAAAAACCCAGACCUCAUCUACGCGGGCGGACAGAACAACGGUGUGUCGAGCGGCAUCAUCAAGAGCGUCGACGGAGGCAAGCACUGGACGCGCAACAGCAAAGGGCUGUGGGACACGCGCAUCCUCGGCGUCUGGCUCCACCCCGAUGCCCCCACGGGAAAUCACGUGUUUGCCGGCACGCACAGCGGCGUCUACGAGUCCACCGACGGGGCGGCCUCCUGGACGCUGUGCAAGGAGACCGCGGCGUGGGGCUUCGUCACGAGCUUUCGCGCGGGCCUCAUCGGCGGCGAGCCGUACCUGCUCGCAAACUCGGAGCACGGCAUCCUCACGCGCCGGCGCGCGGCCAAGGCCUUUUCCGCGUGGCAGCGCAUCGAGAGCCCGGGCGGGAUCGCAAACAACGGCCACCUGAGCGUGGUGACGACCGGCGGGCGCACCGAAGUGCUCACCUGCAUCGGAGGCUGGGGAGGCGGGAAGCUCUACUACGCCUCCCUCGACGCUCCGACGCGCGCGACGUGGAGCGGGCCGCUCAAGCUCCCCGACCGUAACUACACCGGGUGGGCGACCUACCCCGGCCAGAGCCUCAUCUUCGGGCGGUGCAGCAGCCCCACUGCCUGCGGCGAGGGCGUGCGACCGAUCGGCGUCUUCGACACGCUCGGCGGGUGUCAGGCGGCUGUGAACAAGACGUCGCCCCCGCCACGCGGCUACACGUACCAGUCAAAGGACCCGACACUCGGCGGCUACGCCGGCCACUGCUACGCCCUCUCCGCCUUCGGACCCUUCGACCUCCACCCGCAGAAGGGCGUCGCGUCUGGGCGCGCCCCGGGACUCGUCGCAGGCGAGGAGAUCGACUGCUCGAACGCGGCCGUCGACCCGCGCGACCGCGACCACUUCCUCUUUUCGCGCGGCGGCGAGUUCCGCACCUACGAGUCGAGGGACGGGGGACGGACGGUGAGCCGGGUCGCAAGCCACGACGUGGGCGCCUUCUUUGUCCUCAUCGACUCGCAGGGCUGGUACUACACAGCAACCCAAGACGGCGCCUUUGUCUCGCGGGAUGGCGGUGUCGGGUGGGAGGCGCUGCACGUCGUGAUGCACUCGCGCGACGGCCGGCGGAUCGACCGCGUGCCGCACGACUACCAGCGCGUGCCCGACUUUCGCGGCGACGGGAUCGCCUUCCCCUCGGACCAGGGACUCCACAUCCUCAACCGCUCCUCCGACAACCUCACCUCGGCGGUCGGCGACAUGCGCAACACCAUGGCCCUCUCCGCCAUCCUCUCGCCAAACGAGCAGGGCUCGCGGAGCCUCGUGGUCAACCUCUGGGACUGGAACGUCGGCGCCUCGUGGGACGACGGCGCCACGUGGGCUGGCUGGACAAAGGGCGAGGCGUCGCCGGGCUCUUGCGGGGAGGGCGGCGGCGGCCAGGGCAUGGGCCGCUCUCGCAAGGCGAUCAUGUUCCACAGGAACCACUUUUACAACUCGUCCGAUGGGGGGCGCAACUGGGCGCGCGGCAACUUGCCCGCCCCCAUGGGCGCCUUUGUGUAUGUGCGGCAGCCCGGCUCGCGGACCGAGCCUGCGGGCGCGUGCUUUGCCCUGUUCAGCGCUCCCGCCGGCCAGGUCUUGCGCGGCCGCAGUCGCUCCUCGGCGGGCGGCGCCGGCGGCGGCGGCGGCGGCGCGUCUUCUCCCGACCGCGACUACUCUCCAGAGUUGGACGACGAGCAGGAAGAGGCGGGCGAGGACGAGGAGGCGGCGGGCGGGCCGCAGCUGUACAGCCCAGGACUGCUUCCGCCGCCCCGCGCUGGCUCGGUGGUGCACCUGAUGACGAGCAGCGAUUUUGGCGGCUCGUGGAGUUGGGCGCCGCUGCAGCCGUCGCUGCAGCCGACCGGCCUCGAGGUGGACCCGACGGGCAACGGGCUAUACGCCUUCAACGCGGACUGCCUCUCCGUCAGCAGCGACCAAGGCCGAAGCUGGUCGCCGUGCAGCCAAGCGGCGGGGCUGACGGGUCGCCUCCACCAGCUGCUCGUCGUCAACACCAGAGUCAUGUUUUUGACUCGUGUCGGCGCGGUCCCUCUCCGCACUACCGACGGUGGCCAGUCGUGGCACGAGCUCGGCGGUUGCGCGCAUCUCUUCAAGCACGGCGCGACGCUCGACGGCAGCCUGUCGUGGUCUGGCCGCACGCUCGUUUUGCACGGAGCCGACCUCGGCGCAAUCGGCCGGGGCGAGUACGGCACGGCGGUGUGGCGGUCGACCAACGACGGCGACGACUGGACCGACGAGACGGGCGAUUUGGUGACCAUAUCCCCGGGCCCGGGGGUGUGGUACGAAGACGACUUCUACCUCGUCACGCGUGGAGAGGGCGUCACCGUCAAGCGGCAGUUUGAGCGCUGAAGCCGCGCGCUUGCGCUUGGCUGGCGAACGCUGGCGUGCGUAUACACUGCAAGCAAAGCAGAAAAAAGUGGCCUUGUGUGCGUACGGAAACCAAUGAAUCGGCGUUCGUCAUUUUAA